AUGAUUAUUGUCCUCUCAAUACCAAGUCCACAAGGGUCUUUAUUCAGCGCGUCGUUUUCCUUCCAAAAACAAAGCCAUUGCCUACCAUCGCAUCCAAGAGAAUCAGAAGGAUGUAUAGGACUUCGUAAUUAUGGACCUUACAUGUUUUGCAGCACCACAUUGUCCGCUCCUAACGCUCAAGCAAUCCGUUUGGAGUUUGUGGAUGUUGACGUGAGUGACGAAACUUAUUAUCUUUCUGUAGCCUCCAGUUAG